AUGCACAGACGCUUGGAAGUCAUUACCAACGAGCGGCAUCACAAUUCUGCGCUUCCUUCGCGGAUACUCCUUUUUAUUGCCCCAUGCAUACACCGUUCUCAGGACCUGAAAAACAAAUACACUCGGAGCGAUCUCGACAACCUCGCCGAGGAAGAGAAGCAAGCGUGGCUCGAGGUUCUCGACGAAAGAGAGGCUGAAGCAGCGGCGGCGGCAGUCACCGCAGCAGAGACGACCGGGGUGGCAAGGGGAGUGGAGAAUGGGGCGACAGAAGAGCGAGGUGUGGAGGUGGAGAAAGGGGAAGCAGACGCAGCGGCGUGCUCCUCCAACGAGCAAAUAAACCUCUCAGUUUCUGCACCAGAAGUGAGAGUGAGGGAGGCAGCCGCGGCCGCCGCGGCCCUUACCGGCGCUUCGAGCGGCCGAAAAUCGGGCUGGGACCUCUCCGGCGAGGGGGACACAGGGGUCAGGCCUCAGGCGAAACACACGCGCUUGUCGUACCUUGUUGAACCCGAAAGCGGCGGGGACGAUCGAGAAAGCGGUCGGGGCGGCGGUAGCGAUCUUCAAGCCGAACGGGGAAACAGAGCUCCGGCCGACGAUGGGGGUGGAGACUCACGUCGACAUAGCGGCAAGCGCGGAUCGGCCGUGGUCCCGAAUUGGAGAAAAGCCGCCGAGGAGGUGGAGACCCCAAACGAGCUCUGUGUAGGGGAUAUCGUCAGGGUCAGGCAAGCGCGGGACAAGGAGCUCAACGGCAUGUGGUUUGAGGGAGUUUUGGCCGCUAUUCACGACGAAUCUACCUUUGAGGUGGAGCUAGGUGGAGAUGACGAGGACGAAGAAGGCGGUGUGCAGUACAUCACGGUCGGAAUCGAUGACGUCGUCAGGGUUAUGCCGUGGUUUUGUAUUGAGGCAAGUCUCGUGGGAGACAUGGUGGAGUGCCAGCUGGAAGGGACAAUGAUGUGGCUUCGGGGGACAGUCGUCAACGUUCAUCUCGAGCAGGCGGUAUACGACGUGGCACUAGAGCCGGAGUGUGAGGAUGGGCAGGACGAUGGUCUCGCGACUUUCGGGGAAAAUGCCGUCGCAGGCGGUGGAGAGGACUGCGACAAGAAGCAAGGGGAGGCCUCUCCGAACACCAUGUAUAGGGUCCCGGAGUCCAGUAUUAGAAAGGUUGUCAGCGGUCGACAAGCCGCGGCUAAACGAUGGAAAAAGGUGAUUGUACAGUCUAGUCUACAUUCCUUAUGGAUGGACUUCAUGCAACCGAAAUAUUAACUUGUACCCCCGGUCGAUCCGAUACGAGUUGCAGGAGUGAAGCUACGAAUUUGUCUACAACGAAGACCCUUCAACAGGUUGUAGCAAGUACAAUCGCGCUCACACACUCAGUUGGGGUUGGAUACCACGGGGUACAGUACUCCAGAUUCCCAGGGCGAAAACCAACGAGUUGUAGGUGAUCACCGUGCCGUGAAGGAUGUCCCGUGGUGUUGGCGAAGAAUGAACGGCGCGACACUGGUUUAAUGUCUACCAAUGUGUCUGCGUUCAAUCCUAGCAUUGACAUUUCAUAAACGCCUUUCUUUGCUUCCCCCUCUAUCAGUCUCCUGUUCGAAUGGCCGAAGUAUCAGGCAGCAACGCAGCACCCAUUCGUGACACGUGCAGUAGACAACCUUGUACUUUGUACGUGACUCGAACGCUGCACCUGGGUGCUCCUUGACUCACCAAAUCGACCCACCCAUACCCACGAGACCAAUACCUGCAUAACAGGCAACGCGCUGACUGACUCGCUCGCCUACCGUUGGACCUGACGCUCCGGUGUGUUUUCCAGAUGUAUCUGGCGUCCUGCCUGACAUCCGCUAUGGGUAGGUUGAUCGGCGAUUUUCGGCGGAGUAAUUGAAUAUCUCAAAGUUUCACGGGAAAGAACCGGUAGCUAAUCCGGGCGUGUUACGCCAGCUCAUAGAUUAUUAUUGUUCGGGAAAUCCAUUCAUUGCGUGCCUGUUUUUCAGCCCAAGGCAAGACCCACGCUCGGGUUGCUGGGGCCGUUCCGCACAGACUACCGUAGGUUGCACAGAUUUCCCAGGCCCGUACAGUAAGUCGCAUAGUUUCACGGCGCCACCUGAUACUCCCACCCAAUAGCCAAGGGCAUGCAGGCCACGUAAGGCGUUCAAGUACCGACCUACGAUGUUGCGCCAGAGAGGGAUAGAACUGCGCCGCUCGUAUUGGCGAAUACCUGAUACCUGACACUGGAACACCGUCCCGGUGUGGGUCCGAGCAGGAAACCUCACCCAAACAAGUCUCGAUCGUCAGUCUAAACAGCAAAAAACAGUGUUGUCUGCCAACACCGGAACACAUCCGACGUAAAAC